AUGAAAAAUACUUUUGGUCUGCCCAACUUGGACAAUCUGCUCGAGAAACUGUUUGAUAAAAUUACGGAAAAUUUGAAAAAGGCUGAGGGGAUCAGCUCGGAUUGGAUUUCUAGCGGAAGAUUUUGUACCCCUAGAUUGAUUUUUUAUUUUGAGAGGUGUCCACGGAAUGUAAGUAAUGUUAAAAAACUGGAACACAAUCUGGAGGACAAGAUUUAUUAUAUUUUGAAGAAGACCCGUAUCAUAAGUACGACAGGAUGCUCUUUGUUGGCCAUUCCAUUGAACGAUGAAUUUGUAUAUAUAUCAGAAGAGAACGGAUUCAACGACAGACUGGGAGACAUGGUUCGUGGUCUGAUAAUGGAUUGUCAGCCUGGCGGAGCCAUGCAAGUUGAGGUGCCCUAUUCGAGUCAGCCUAGUUUGAAGAAGAACUUCAAGAAAUUCCUCCAGGUACACAUUCAGCAAGCUAGGAGCAAGGGCUUUGAUGAUACUGUUACGUCGGGGAGGCACCAUCAUUCGCAGCCUUCUCAUUUCGAGCUUCCAGUACUGAAGCAUUGGAUCGAAGCUACCAAAAUACUCCACCACCUCAUCAUCAGGAAGAAAAUGAUCAAGUCUCUUUGUACGGACACAAGGUUUUCUGAACAGCGUUGUCUCAAAGUGCUUCCUCUCGCUCUUGCCAGGUAUCAAGAAGGACUACCGUCGCACUAUGCCAAAGCAGAACAUGAAGCUCGUCUAAGUAUCGCGCUGGCGCUUUUCAGAGCUCAAGCCCGGGGGCCAGUGUUUGAUCAGUACGCCGAGCAAUUGGAAGUGGACUGCCAGACGCACUGGGAGAACGGCAGGCAGCAAUGCGAAGCUGCCUCCAUGACCGGCAAUCCGUGCAAGCUGCCGAAGCAUCUUGCUGACCAAGAGCAUCUAAGUGGCUUCAUUUACAAAUCCGUUUGCGAUUGCGGGCGGAAAGUAGGGCCGCGAGAGGAUCCCUACAACGCCAAGCAGGCCAACUUCCAAUUCUACCAGCAGAUUGGUAAGGAGUGUCAAUGUCUGAAGCUGGAGAGGGUGUCUUUUCCCGUCUUUCAGCCAUCAAUUAAGGAAUUCAAGGCGGCAACGCUAAACGAAUCUGAAGAUCCCCUUUCUGGAUUGUCGGAAGGGGCUGACUUGUCGCUUGACGUGGACCGCAACCUCGUACGACAACCGAGCACUACGGAAUACCUGCCUGGGAUGUUGACGCUCAGCUCUCCUCCUGGACUACUGCCUGCUUACUCCAGCUGGUCUCUGGUGUGUCUCGGGGCUUCUUCUUUAUACAGUCACAAUUUAGGGCUUUCCGAAUCUCACCAUCCUGGCUUCCUGAGCUCUAUGAACUACUUACUCCCCUGGGAUGUGACCGUUUACACGAAGACCAAACAGAACUGGCCCCAAAUCAGUAAGUACACGCCGAGAGGUAGAAGAGGACGGCCAACAGGUAGCUUGCCUCAGUUCACCGUCAAGAUUUUCAUCGGGGUGGAGUAUGAGUGCUCGUCUGGUCACCGGUUCAUGCUGUCGGGGCCAGACAGGAUCCUGAAGGCGAUGCCGGGAAGUAUAGUUAAAGAUACGGGACACAAGGUAGCGGAGAGCGAUAUGCCUUUGUAUUAUCCGUGUCCGUGUAGAGCUGGGAAGCUGGCACAGCUGAUGAGGCUGCACGUGGUGACGCCCAAAGCUCCGGUCAACUGUACUUUGGAACCAAAAGUACAACCUGCUCCAGGAGCUCCAAUUUUCGUCAGUACGACAGAAGGACCGACACUGUUGACUCAGUCUGCCUACUGGAUCAUGAGACUGCCGUACGUUUAUGUCGCGGACAAAGAACACUACACGUACAACCCGUCCGCCAGGCUGCUGCAAGGAGUGUUUGGAGUUGCAGAAAUGGAUUAAUAGAAUUUUAGAAUAAAAAAAU